AUGCGGGAGGUACGAGAGCUGAUAAGAUCGAAAAACAUAAGACUAUCGCUUAGUGAUAAGGGUGGAGUGUUUGUCGUAAUUCCUCAUCAGUUAGAUGUGGAGAUAACGAAAAAGCGUAUUGAAGAUGCUUCGCUUUAUCGCCCAUCAUCUGAGGAGGAAUUUAAAAGUCAAUACCUAAAGCUAAACAACGAAUGGGUUAAAGCGGCAAGAGCGGCUAAGUUAAAACCAACAGUUAUCUCCUAUCUUAAAACUGACUUAGCAACAUGUCCCGUCCUGUACUUACUUAUCAAAACCCAUAAGUUAGUAUCCAGCGAUGAUCUCCUGUCUACACCAUAA